ACCGACGGAGGCGGAUCCAUGCAUUUACGCUUAACAGUCGUUUCUGCUGCAGUUUACUUCCCUCACGUUUGAUCGUUGAAACUGAUGGAGUAUGUUCCUCUUCUGUUUCUUCUCUCGCGCCACACAAGCCCUCAAAGUCACCCAAAAUCCCUCUCUAAACCUCGCCAAAACACACUGUCUCGCAAACCCAGAAUUAUUUACACAAAACCGUGCCAAGGCAAUGAUCCCCAACCUAAAGCCUCUCAACUCCAAGAUCUCGAGCUACGUAAAAAAUGGCCUCGUCGAAGAAGCUCGGAAACUGUUCGAUAAAAUGCCUCAGAAAAACACGGUCACAUGGAACGCGAUGAUUCGUGGGCACUUUUUAGAUGGGAAUUCUUGUGAAGCUCUCCAAUUAUUCUAUAGAAUGCCUGACAGGGAUAUUGUUUCGUAUAAUACGGUGAUUGCUGGGUUGAUGCAGUGUGGGGAUGUGGAUGGUGCAAGGUACGUUUUUGAUGGGAUGCCAUCCAGAGAUGUUGUGACUUGGAAUUCGAUGGUUGCAGGGUAUAUUCGUAACGGAAUGAUAGACACAGCACUACGUUUAUUUGAUGGGAUGCCGUUGAAAGAUGUGAUUUCAUGGAACUUGAUUGUCGGGGGGCUGGUGAAUUGUGGGGAUUUGGCUUUAGCAGAAGAGUAUUUUGGACAAUCAAGUGCUCAGGAUGUUGUGUCUUGGACUAUAAUGAUUUCGGGGCUUUCUAAGUCAGGACGGAUCGUUGAAGCUUGUAAGCUCUUUGAAAACAUGCCCACUAGGGAUGUUCGAGCUUGUAAUGCAAUGAUGGUUGGGUAUAUAGAAAAUGGCCAUAUUGAAACUGCGAAAGAUUUGUUUCGGAAAAUGCCUGAGCGGGAUUUUGAGUCUUGGAAUGAAUUGGUAAGUGGGUUGGUCAGGAGCAAAAAGGCUAAUGAUGCUAUAAGGCUUUUCAUGGAGAUGCCACAAAAAUGUCAGAAAACGUGGAACUCAAUCCUAUUGGAAUUGAUAAGAAAUGGGCUCAUCAAAGAAGCUCAUGCAUUUCUUGAGAAAUCCCCAUACAGUGACGUUGUGUCAUGGACGAAUUUGCUUGUUGGAUAUUUUGGAUUAGGUGAGGUUGCGGGUGCAAUUAAGAUUUUUGAUCUGAUGCCAACCCGAGAUACAACUGCAUGGAAUGCCACAGUUUUCGGAUUAGGAGAAAAUGGUCAAGGUGAGGAAGGUUUAAAGCUUUUCAUUAGAAUGAAAGAAUCAGGUCCAUCCCUGGACAAGGCUACAUUCACUAGUGUUUUGACAAUAUGUUCUGACUUGCCGACCUUACACUUUGGAAAACAAACUCAUGCAGAUGUUAUAAGAGCUGGUUUUAAUAGUUACAUUGAAGUUUCCAAUGCAAUGGUUACCAUGUACGCGAGAUGUGGAAACAUGCAUUCUGCUCUACUAGAAUUUUCUUCCAUGCCAAGCCAUGAUGUUAUUUCUUGGAAUUCUCUAAUCUGUGGUUAUGCUCAUCAUGGCAAUGGCACAAAGGCCCUAGAGAUGUUUGAAAGAAUGAGAUUAACUGAUGUUAUGCCCAAUCAUAUAACCUUUGUCGGUGUUCUAUCUGCGUGUAGCCAUGCAGGGUUGGUAGACCAAGGUAAGUACUACUUUGAUUUCAUGAAAUCCAAGUGUUCUCUUCAGCCAACAAGUGAGCAUUACACAUGUAUCAUGGAUUUGUUGGGGAGGUUUGGACUAAUAGAUGAGGCGAUGACUUUUUUAGAUCAAAUGAGAGCAGAUGGAGUUGAAGUUCCUGUAAGUGUUUGGGGAGCACUGCUAGGAGCCUGUAGAAUUUACAAGAACAUUGAGGUGGGCAACAUUGCUGGCGAGAGGAUUUUGGAAGUAGACCCUUGUAAUUCUGGUGUUUAUUUGAUUUUGGUUGAAUUGUUAUUGAGCGGUGGAAGGAGAGAAGAUGCCGGUAGAAUUCUGGCCCGGAUGAAAGAGAAGGGAGUCAAGAAGCAACCGGGGUGUAGUUGGAUUGAGGUAAACAACAGCGCACGUAUAUUUCUUUCAGGAGAUAGUUCGCACCCUGAUUUUUGUAGAAUCUGUUGUAUUUUAGACUUGAUAUACAUGGAAAUGGAGAUUAAAUCAUAAAAUCA